UCCAACAUGGCGACGGCCAGGAGGCUGAAACGCGUGGUGGCUUCUCAGCCAGGUUUUCUAAAUUUAAAGUCCACUUCAGACGGUGAGGUUUCAGGCAGCAGCCGGAGAAAACGCGUGAACAAGAAUAAGAAAAAGAACUGGAACAAACACAGCGAUAUUACAGAUGUAGACGGGUUUUUGGAGGACGUCAGGCACCAGGAGAGGACCACAGGGGGUCUGCUGUCUGAGAAGUCUGACGACAGUUUGUUCUUUUUGGAUGUAAAACCAAAGAAAGCUGAACAGAAGGCAGAGCCUGUCGAGGGGAAGAAGAGGAAAGGGAAAACGCAGCGUCCUCUGAGGAUAGACCUAAUCCUGCAGCACGACUCCCUCGUUCCACCACCUAAAGA